AUGAGGAGAUUUAGGGAGUCUCGUUCCUGGAAGGUCCUGAAGAAGGAACUGGGACUGCGCCAGUUCAUCCUGGAUCUCAUCGUGAUGAUGCGAGUGUGUAAAAUAUUCCUCCAAGGGCUCAAAGGAUUCCUGGGGUAUCGGGUCACGGAGGCUGCUCGCAGAAGGCACCCCAUCUUCUCCUUUUGGGAUAAAAAGAAGCAAGGCCGAAUCACAUUUGAUACUACGGACUUCGUUGCAGAGUCGGAUUACUUCCCUCCAAAGGCCAUUGAGAUAACACGGAAGAAGCCUUCCUGGAGGACAAAGCAGGAGAUUUAUACCCUCCGUAACAUCUUGCAGGCUCUGAGUUCCUUCCGGAAUUACUCAGAGCCCCUGCAGCUGCUUCUGGCCAAAGUCAUUCGCUUUGAACGGUUUGGUCGCAAGCGUGUGAUCAUAAAGAAGGUGCGGAAGAGCAACAGCUUUUAUUUCAUCUACCUGGGCAGAGUCGCAGUGACCGAGGAUGAAGAUGGCAGCAGUGCCUUCCUAGACCCCCAUCCAAUGCUUCUGUGCAAGGGCGACUGUUUCGGGGAAAUGGGUCUCCUGAGUUCUUCAGUAAGGAGAGCCACUGUGGUCUGUAUGGAAGAAACAGAGCUCUUGGUUGUUGACAAAGAGGAUUUCAUUGCAAAUAACCUGGACUGGGAAGUUAAAAAGGAUGCUCAGUCUCGGUUUGAAUUUUUUAGGAAGAUGGAUCUGUUACUGUCGUUGUCUGAUGAGAAUCUCUGGAAGCUGGUAACCCUGGGGAAGGUGGAGAAGUACUCGUAUGGGCAGCUGAUCUCAGAAGACAUUGUCAAGUCGGCCUCCGUCAUGUUCGUCUGCAGGGGCAGCUGUGAAGUCCUGCGGCUACUAGACCUUGAGGCCUCGCCUUCCUACUACAAGUGGAUCUGGCAGCAUCUGGAGCUGAUAGAUGACAGAGCUCUGAAGACCAACCUCAAAGAAUCUUCUCCUGCGCAGAGAUUCAAGGAAUUCCAGAUCAAAUCAUAUCCUCUACAGGAUUUUAGUUCUCUGAAACUUCUGCAUCUCCAGAAAGCCUGGGAGCAACAGGGGACCAGCUUUGGUGGGACGAUUAAUACCCAAGAAGGCAGUCUUCCAAAGCUCUUGGGCCCAAAGAUCAAAUCCAGGCAACCUCAUCUGAUCAAGUGUCCCAUGGUCAAUACCAAGCACGGUGAUCUUCCAAAGGAGGCGUUAGUGGGGACCUACAUUAAGAUCCACACAGUGGACGAAGGAGAAGUCAUUGGCCUUCACCAGAUCCUCCUCCCAAACAGCCAACAAGACACUCGGCCCUUGAUCCUCAUGAGCCUGGGAGUUGAGUUGUUAACUGUGAGGAAAGAAAAAUUUUGUGACCUGAUGGACAGUGAGGUAACAGAAAAAUUGUCCAGGUUCAAGAUCAAGUACCCCAGUGAUGAUGACAUGUGCCAGAAGUUCCUUAUGGAGAAUAGCUGGAAUGUCUUUCGGAGGGACCUGGUGAGGCUGUUGGUAGAGCCUCGCCAACAUCUACCACUCACCCAAAUCCAGCACAAGAAAGAAAUUUACAACCCCAAGUCUCUGACACUGGAUUUGUACAGCUUCAACAAGAAGACUAAACGUCGUUAUCCCAUUUUUAUGGCAAAGCAGAAAGGCCUCCCCCCACUGAGGAUUGUCCAAGCUAUCACACCACCCCGGUACAAAAUCCAAGAACUCCUGCCUCAGUACAAGAAUGCCGGUGUCUUGCUUUAA